GAAUGCAGGUUUGUUUUGUUUUCAAUUUAUUACGCUGAUCUAGUGGAAGAUUUACCCCUAGCCAUAAAACACAUAGGAAUUGCGAAGAAAAAAAGUUGAAACUUUUCGCUUUAAAGGCAAAGGAAUACAACUCAAUAUAUCUUACUUUACUUUUGGUUGUUCUCUACUAGGAUCAUCUAGGCAAAACAGUUUCGACUGCUGCCUGUUGGAAAACACUGGAAGAGAAUAUCAACCGAUUUCCUAUAUCUUUAUUUUGUCUUUAUCAUUCCUUCUGAUGCCUGGUCUUCUGUCUGAGUCAAGUGCGGAGCAAGCAGUGGCAGAAAUGAAUUCGAAAUACGCCAUUCUUUCUUCUGAUGAAGUCGCUGAGAGAAUCCUGGCAAAUGAAAGCAGAACACUUCUAAUUGACUGUAGAUCUCUUUUCGCAUUCACUACUGUACAUAUUAAAGGAGCUAUUCAUGUAAACUGCUCUUCUAUCGGUCGUAAAAGACUCCUACAAGGAAAAACGAAACUUAAAGAUUUAAUAUCGUCGAAAGAAGGAAAGGAAAAAUACAUUAGUAGCUCGAUACAGAGCUUCAUUGUUUACGACGACCUAACCAGUACCGAAGACUUCACGUCAUCAAAGUCGGCCAUUUGUAUUGUCUUACAAACACUUUCGAAAGAAGGAAAGGAUAUAUCAUUUUUGAAAGGUGGCUUGAAGGAAUUUUGUAAAAACUACGAAAGCCUUUGUGAAAAUGCGUCUUCAAGAGCCUGCGACGUUGUAACGCCCUCAAACGACUUCACACUAACCGCGACAGAACGUUGUGAACCACGCCCUCGUGGUCCUCCAGCGUCGGCCAUUUUACCAUUUCUGUACCUCGGCAGCGAGGAGGGAGCGGCAGAUGAAGAGCUGAUUGACAGACUAGCAAUUACGUUCAUACUCAACAUCACCGAAAUGUGUCCGAACUUUUUCAGUCAUCGGCCAGACAUGCACUACAAGCAAAUCAAAAUCAACGAUUCUUACCAAGAAGAUAUUGGAAAACACUUUGAGGAGGCUAUACGUUUCAUAGACGAAGCUCGUGCGAACGGGAAUCGAGUCUUGGUCCACUGUCACGCUGGAGUGUCACGCUCUGCAACAGUAGCAGUAGCUUACGUGAUGAAACAUCUGGGACUAUCCCUCAACGACGCCUACAACUUGGUAAAAGAAAAGCGACCGUCCAUCUCACCGAACCUGAAUUUCAUGGGACAUCUUCUCAAGUACGAGAAAAACAGAAAAAAUGCUGAAUGAACGAGGAUGUCUCAUGGUAAUACGUGAACAAGGACAUAACGAAGGAAAGCUUCUCAGUUUACUGAAGACAAAACUGGAUACAACUGAUGUUUCUACAGAGGACUUUGGGUCUUGCCUCUCAUCACUUUUUACAAACUUGCAUUGAUAUCCCAAUUUGAUUGAUUGGAAAUCUGUGGAAAUAAGUGUAGCACGUACAUGAAAUUUUCCAAAAAGUUAAUUAAGAAAAACAUGACAUAAAAGCAGAGCUGACACGUGCUCUGAGAAUCACGUGAAAUAAGACAAGACACGAUAAGAAGCAUGAGCCACAUGUGUUUGUACAUUUGAUCCCAGUCCUAACUCGGACAAAUUUACGUCUUAUUGAAAACGCCUUUUGCCCUGUUAUGACGCAAUAAAUGAAAUAAAGGGACAAAGGCGAAGAGAGUUCACGGAUCCGUUAAAGUGCUUUUGAGGUUAAAAUACUCUAAAGAGCUAUCAUAAUAUGCUAUUUGUAAAAAGAGUUUUCAUUAUCUUAGAAUAGGGUAAGACUGAAGCGUUUGAUAGACAGUAAGAGUGCUCUGUAUCAGAGUGUUUGUACAACUUAGUAUCAUUAGACAAUAACUAUUAAGUUUGGCAUGGAUAUAAAUAUUAUGAAACGACAAAAA